AUGGUCCAAAAACCAUUCCCGAGCAACCGUGACAAGCGCACCUACAACACCUUCGAGAUGCUCCACUUCGACAUCUGCGGACCCAUGGAAGAAAAAUCUCUGGGUGGCAGCAAGUAUCUGCUGCUGAUCGUGGAUGAAGCCAGCGGAUGCAUGAAGGGUUUUUGUCUGCAUUCCAAGUCAGAGAGCGAAGAGUGCAUCAAGAAGUACAUCACGAUGAUACAGACGCAGUUCAACAAGAAGGUCAAAGUUGUGCGACACGAUGGAGCCCGCGAGUUUGCGACGAACUCGCUUCAAGAUUUCUACGAAGUCGAAGGCAUCGUGUUGCAUUGUAGAUCGGAGCGAGGAAAGCGGAGCAAACGGAGCGGAGAGACCGAAGAGAGUAGAGCAGAAAACACUUGCCCAAUAGUUGGAAGAUUCGAAAGUGAUUGA